AGUAGAGUUGAGAAGGCUUAUAUGAGGAAAGGUGAGAAUGGUCUUGCUGGAUCACUACUUGGCUCCUAUAAAAGCCGUACAUACAUACUUAGGUUGGGGAUGGGAGUUGGUGUGGAGGUCGGACUCAGGCUCGGAAACUCCUUUUUCGCCUCCACUAGCGAAGCUCAGGAAGCAACUCGAGAGCCAAAGAGCUCCAACGCCAUGGCUGUUAGGGUUUGAAUUUUUGUUUCGAGCUUUAUUUAAAGUGUGAAAGGGGAUAGACGGAAUGGGGACUAGGGUUCCGGUGCAGCAUUUCGGUAUGAGAUCGGCAGCGAAUUCGUACAUAUCUAGCCCUCUUCACGAUCUCAACACCGUUGAUUCGCGGCCUGCUGCUGACAUUAAAUCCAUCAGCGACGUUGAUCCCGAUGCCGUCACCGAAGAUAGCCUCGAAAACGACGACGAUUCCAAUGCCGUUGUUAGUGAAUGCAUGCAUGAAUCGUACAGGAACCCUUUGCAACUUCAUAGCGUCGGAGUUGAUGAAGAGCGUACUAGCCUUGAGAAUAAUGGACCUGCACGCGGUCCCUACGAUAUAUUGACAAUCGAAGAUAUCACACCUAUUGAAUCGGCAAGGGCAAGAUUUUUACAAAUUAUUGUGGAUCAUUUUAUCCACGAUCACAUAAUUGAAGUUGCUGAUUCAGAGGGUGAUUAUACUGGCCAGUCUAAUCAAGAAAAACUCAAUAAAAGGAAGGCGAGGGAGAUCCAGUAUGAAGGGGAUCCAAGGUUUGCUUUGCCCUUGAUGUAUGUGGCAAACGUUUACGAAACUUUAGUCAAUGAUGUAAAUGUUAGACUAGCUUCCAUAAAUGGUAUUCGUGACAAAACAAUUGGGGUAGCGCUUGAAGCAGCUGGUGGUUUGUAUAGAAGGCUAGCUAAGAAAUAUCCCAAAAAAGGAUCAUGCACUUUUAAAAGACGAGAACUGGCGACUUCUUUAGAAACUAGGACAAGAUUUCCAGAAUUAGUGAUACAAGAAGAGAAACGUGUUCGAUUUGUAGUAGUCAAUGGUUUGGAUAUUGUUGAAAAACCAAAUAGCAUGUCUAUGGAUGAUGCUGAGUGGUUUAAACGAUUGACUGGUCGAAAUGAAGUAGCCGUGUUUGCUCGAGACUAUAAGUUUUAUUCUCCAAGACAUAAAUUUAGGCGUGUUGCUUCAAGUUCUGUGUCUAACAUCCCUGGUUUACCUAGUUUUCCUGGCAAUGAUAAUUCUUCUGUGUUGACUACCGCUCAGGGAUUCCGUACAGUAGGUGAACCACAAGCUCAGCAGCAGACUCCUUGCAAACAUCAUUUGCAACCAUUGUUGCAGCAACCUCAAUUUCACCCUGUUCACCAUCACAAUCAACCAAUGCACCAAAGUCAACAUGCUACCCAAUAUUCUCAAAACCAUCAAUGUGCUCCAACAUCACAACUGCCUGAAAUUGGUCAUGCUCACCAUUCGCCAACCCUGUCACAACACAUUGCGUGCUUACAACCCCUGACAAGUCAUGUUGGAGGGCGUUUGCAUGUAUUGCCAUCCAGCCCAGCAAAGUUUUGUGAUGAAUGUGGCGCUCAGUACUUGAGAGAAACCUCUAAGUUCUGCUCAGAAUGUGGUGCUAAGAGGUUGGGAAUAUGAACUUGUUUAUUUAGUAUAUUCAAAGUGCUUGUUUCCUUUUUAAGUUUUGCGUUUGUUUUAUAUGUUCAAAGUGAGGUCAAAUUGUGUUAGAAAAUUGUAAAUUACCGUUAUUGCUGUAAAAGUAAACUACAGUAAAACCAUUAGGAAAAAUUAUUGUUUUAGAUGAUUAUUAAUUUGUGGAUAAAUGAAUACGCCACAUCAUUUAUUUAAAAACAAUGGAUGUAAAGUUAAUGCAUUCAUAGAACCCUACACCCUACAACUAUGCUAGCUAUACAUUAUUUUUGGUUAAAAAUAGUGAGUAAAUACGUCAGUUCAGCCGCACCUA